UCGAUCUGGUUGGUGGUUUUUCGAUCCGGAGACAGCCAGGUAGCUUGAUGUAUCUUCUUAUGCUGGAAUCUAGUACUACAGAUAACCAUAUUUCGGGCCCCGGCGAAGUCGAUCAGCCUCAACCCAUUUGGGGAUUUUCCUUGUGGAGGCUGAAUUUACCGACCGUAGUACCAAAGAUAGCUUCUUUGCCCACCCUGGCGUUGAAGUCGCCAAGCACGAGUUUUACAUCGUGACGGGGGCAUCUCACAUAAGUGCGCUCCAAGCACUCAUAAAAGGUAUCUUUGGUCACAUCGUCCUUCUCUUCCGUCGGGGCGUGGGCGCAAAUCAGCGAUAUGUUGAAGAACCUCGCUUUGAUGCGGAUUGUGGCUAGACGUUCAUUCACCGCAGUGAAUGAUAGUACUCGGCGACGGAGUCUCUUUCCCACCACGAAUCCCACACCAAACCUGCGCUCCUUUAUAUGGCCACUGUAGUAAAUGUCACAAGGACCUACUCGUCUCUGUCCUUGUCCCGUUCAUCGCAUUUCUUGGACGGCGGUGAUGUCAGCCUUUGUUUUCACGAGGACAUCAACCAGCUGGGCAGUGGCGCCUUCCCAGUUAAGGGACCGAACGAAAGAUUCGUAGUCCUUAUUUCGUUUGCCAUGGUCGUCAUCAAAAGGGGGGUCUCUCAUCCGAGGCUGGUUAUGACUAUUCACUGGGGAUGUUUUUUUACGUGGCGGGUCCCAAACCCAGCGCACAACCCUAUGCAGGGGAUGUUUCGCCUUCUCACGUUAGCUCGCCUUCAAACGGAUAUUCUUAGGCUACCCAGAGGAUACUUGGUCAAAGACCGGAAGUCGUGAGCUGCUUGAGUCACGUGUAAAAUAAUCGUUUCUGGCCACUCCCAAAUGAAUGGCAAUCAGAAAACUUUCCUCACUUGCGUGAACUUUUACACAUGACUCCAUCCUCCACAACCAUCAUCCACCCCACUCAAUAUAGAAGAAUUCCUCUCACUGGAGAUGCUGAAACAGCUUAAGUUCAACAAUACAAGAAAACUAAGUCUAUUAGAAGCAGCAAACAGAGUCUAAUACGGAAGCAGUAUCACUAUAAUCGUCAUUUUAAUAGUCAUCGCCUUCAUUUUCGGGAAGAAUCUUCUGAUGAAAUAAAAAGAAAAUGAACCUAAUAAACUGUCACAACCGACAAUAGAAGGACUCAACCAAAUUUUCAAUACACCUAAAGAUUCAAACGAGGACGCUUGAAUUUCAAGGGGGGACUAGUUGGCACCCCUUACAUUCAAGAAGUAUCAUAUGAUGCAUUAGUAUCAUAUGAUACAAAGUAAUAUAAUAUGACACCACUAAAUCGCUGAGAGUGCGACAUGUGUAGUGGCAACCUGUGGGAAGCGCAGCGUCAGCAAGCUUUAUACCCGUUGCAGCGGAGAACGUAGGUUUAGAGUUAAGCGUAAAUAAUUGUAAAUUCAGUCCUUACACAGAAUUCAAUAAAGGAGCAUAGCUCCCAAAUAAAGGAGCAUUGCUCCCAGAAAAAGGAGCAUAGCUAUUUUUUUAUUAAAAUUAAUUAAACGUUUUUUAACUUAUAUAUUGUCACCUAAUAUACAAAACAGCGUAUUAUCAAAAAUAAAUGGAAAUCGGUUACAGAUAUAAUAACCAAAAUUUAACCAUUUUAUAACGAAAACUCAAAUUUUGUUUCAAUAUGAGUGCAAGAUAACCAAAAAAUAUAACCACUUUAACCACUUUAUAACGAAAACUCAAUAUAUUUUUUUAUUUUUAACGCAGAAAGGAGUAUUAUGCGAAAGUACUUCAGUCACCACGGGUAUUCGCUCGACCAGGAUUAUUUUUUUAAAGCGCGCAGAAAAGAGUACUACGCGAAAGUGCUUCAGUCACAUACUAUAAAUCACAUAUUACACAUAUACAUAUGUAGAAGCUUUUUUAUAAUAGUUAAAAUAGAAAAAAGAAUAACGCGAAAAAACAAACAAAGAAAAACCGUUAAAAAUUCUACAUAUUUGCUGUUUAAAAUGUGGCAACGCUAGUUUUCCUCAUAAUGGUAAACAACCUAACCUUUUAAAUGAUGAGUGUGCUAAGUGAUUUUUAAAUUAAUAAAUGAUUCCCUGGUUUCCUCCUGAAUCGGCGUUUUGAGCGAGUGCGUGAAAAAAGUGAGCAAUAUAGCGUUUUAGUUUACUUGGGUGCAUUUACAUGAAUCAUAUCAUUCAUGGUUGCGUUCCAAAACUCGACCGAGUUAAAGUCGCGCAGGUUUUUUUCAAUAGAAAAUUCGUACGCGAGUUGAACUCGGUUAGGUUUUAGAACGCACACCAUAUGAUAUCGCUAUCAUACAGAUAUGUAUUGUUUACGCCGCCCCCGCCCAAUUUCUUUUGUCACGCCUGUAUCGGCAGAGCAAUCUUUUCUUUUCCUCUUUUUCGAAGUUUUAAUUCGCGCGCAACUAAACACUAACUAAAAAAGUUGCGCGCUCUCUUCUUUUGCGACAGCCUAGCGAUACAGAUGUGGUAAGUGUGUUUCCAAUUUAUUUUAUUUAAAUACAUACAUAUAUUAUUUAAAACUUUUUGGUUUUUUAUUUGGCAUUUUGUGGAAUCAUUUGCGCCGAUCGUUUCCCCACGGCCAACCACAUCUACGGAACGAGCGAGCACCGUGCUCCACCACCCGAAUUAUCAUUGGUCCUUCGAGCCGGAUAACAGGUAAGAAGUUGAUUUUUUAUUUAAAGUGAAAGUGCAUAAUUUGCCCGAUUUAGCAACACGCAAGUUACAGCCAAACAUGUUUUGGACUUGUGCUCUGCAAGCUAUAAGGCAAUAGAUUGGUUAAUUUGUGCAUAAUUUAUAUAUAAAACCCAUUGUGCUGUGUGAUUGGAGACCAAAACUUAUUUUUGGCACUCUACCACAAAAUCAACGCACAAGACUGCAGGUAGUAUUGUACUUCGUUUAAGUACAACAAUAAAUACACCUGGAAAAUGCACUGUGAUUAAUUUUGUACCAAAUAGAUACAUAUGUGUCUCUAUUUGUUCUGUAGUAAUAAUUAAAUUAUGAAAUUGGUAAUCACGCACAUUCGGAAUAAAAAGACCGCAGCACUAAAAUGUAUAGUGUACAAAAAUUUAUUAAAGAAGUAUUUGACGUUUUACAAAUAUUCCUUUUCUUAAAAUUAAAUGUUAAAUGUAAAGAUGAGUAUAGAUCGCUGCUGUCGAUGUUCAAAACUGUAUCGGGACGGGACGCGAAAACGGAUGUUGAUGUGCGCUGUGUGUCGAACGAAUGUGAUGAGCGGCUUAUCUAGUUAGAAUCGUGCGCUUUCCCUUCUGCCCAUCCUUUCUGUUGAGUGGUUUGAUUGAUGUGGUGAGUUGGAUUAUAAUGUCGUUAGCUGUGGUGAACUAAGCUUUCUUAUUAGUGUGCGCCCGUUUUUCCGGGAAGAGUGGGCGGAUGCUUAACCCAUUUAAACAUCCUGGGCCCCCUAGGCGAAUAUUUUGCCUAGUAUUGCGUAUGUACAUAUAUGCUAUUGCAUGUAUUUCGGCGUACUGCUGGUAGAGUUGCCGAGGGCGCAGAAUACAUGCUGUAAAUCGGUAAAUGCCUUUGGUUUUAAUAGCUAAUUGUAUUUUGUGCAAUAUUGGUGCUGGAGGUAAUAAUUGAUUUUGCGUGCUUUGACGACUUAUUGUGUUACUAUACCAAAAACGUUGUUUGCUUUUAUUAAUUUAUAUCGGUUUGGCAUACCGGUAGUUUAUUAUAUGCCUUUUCUGUAUUAUCGGCAAUGUUUGGACUUUAUUUAUUCUCGCCUUAUGAAGGAUAGUAACUCCACGCCUGGUCAGAUAUGGCCAGAAUGGGUACUCCUUAGCCCUGGAGUUAGGACUGUGGCAUUAGAGGGGUCUUGCGAGAGAAUGGCCGUGAAUGGAGAACGGCUUCGAUUCAUAAAGCAGAAAAUUCUUCUUAACUAAGUUAAUGCUUUGUAUAACUGAUUCACAUAACCCACCCAUAUAAGGAGCGAUAAGAGCGACCUUAGCUUUGUAAGAGUAGGUGCGUCCAGGUAUCGCAAUGGGGGUAUGGUGAUCCCUUAACUUGCUUUUAAGAUUUUAUUUGGUUUUGAAAAUUUAAGCCUCUGUGGGGCAAUAUUGUAAGAAAAGUGUCGCUUUUCCCUUCUUUUUUUUUUUUUUUGAGAUAAUUUUGUUAUGUUUUAGUGCCUAUACACUAAUUUGGCGUUGUGUUUUUUUUAAUGCUUUUUCUACCUUUAUGUGGGGUAUUGGAUAAUUGUGGCUCGAGUGGUAGUCGUACGACGUACCGGCCAUUAUUUGAUCGAGUAGUUGAGACUUUAGAGAAGUGCUCACAAUACUGAUCUUGUAUAGUUUUGUUUGCUAUUGGAAGUUUCCUUAACUUUUGCGUUUUCCUUAAUUGUGAAUUAAGGUAUUUAUUUGUAUUGUACUCAACUUGAGUUGGUAUGGUUGUAACUAGUUCGGUAACUAGUCCACUUUGUGUUUCGCUGUGCAGCGUUUGAACUUUUUGUGCCUUUGAGCAACAUGUUGGCUCUUGGUAAUUUUUAGUAUUUGGGCUUUCGUGAUUUGCUUUUGCAAUGGAACCCAUGGUUAAUUUUGUAAAUGCGCUUCUUUGGAGAGAGAUCGGAUAUCUGCUGUAAUGAAGCAUUGUAUGAUGUCUUUUCUGACAAUAUAAGCAGUUAAAUUUGCUUUUGCAAUCUUUAAAAUUAUGUGUAUGGGACAAGCAGUUUGUACAGAGUCUUUUUGACCUGACAAAGUUGUUCCUUUCGUUAAUGUUUAAUUUUUUAAACUUCUCGCAAGUUUUAAGUUUAUGUCGUCUUGUGCAUAGUUCGCAUGACGUAUGUUUUUUCUGUUCGGAGGUGAACGAUUGCGUUUUGUAAAAGGUUUUGUGUGAAUUGAUUUUGUUACUAACUUGGGGUCUAUUUAAGCUUCCAUUUUGAUCGUGUUUGUUCUUAGUUUUUAUUAUUUUUUCUUCUAACCUUUCCGCAAUUUCAUAUUGGGUGGUGAGAAAAUCUUUCAUUUGUUGCCACGUUGGGCACUUUUUUCGUGAUGAGAGCGAUUGCUCCCAUAGAAGUAACGACUUCUCUGGUAAUGCGGCGGUGCAAAUGUUUACCAGAAUAGGAUCCCAGCUGUCUGUGGGAAUAUUUAGUGUCGAUAGAAUCGACAAGCAAUUUGAAACAGUGGAUUCUAGUUUGAUGAAUUCUACACUUGUUCCUUUCUUAACUUUUGGCAAGUUCAUUAGUGUCGUUACUUGUUUAUCGACCAGUAUUCUUUCGUUUUCAUAUCUAGCUUUUAGAGCUUCCCAAGCCAAAUUGAAAUUGUCGUCAUUUAAUGCGAACUGUUUAACUAUUUCGCCUGCUUGACCUUUUGUCUUGUAUCGGAGGUGAUACAAUUUUUGUGCUUUUGAUAGUUCUGGAUGGUUAAUGUAAACGGCUGUAAACAUGUCCCGGAAGGACGGCCAUUCUUCAUAACCUCCGUAGAAUGUUUCUGUGUCACAUGGCGGCAACUCGAGGUGGAUGCCGGAACUUGCCUUUUGACUUUCUAUUUGUGGCAGCUCUACUCCACUGUGGGGAGUAGGUGCAAUUGCUUGAAUGAGUUUUAAUUGAUCGAAGAUCAUCGCUUUUGUUUCUUCGUACUGGUCUAAGCAGUUUUCGUAUAUGGCGUAAGCAGAUAAUUUAAAAUUUUGUGGUAGAUCUGAAUCGUCAGAUUCUACGAUGGCGUCAUGAGCCGCUUGGAGGCGAGUCCAAAAAUUUUUAAGAUUUUGACUUUUGAUUUCUAGUAGCGAUUCCGAAUUUUCGUGAAUCGGUGAGGAGGCAAAUCUAGUGCAGUAUCUUGUUAAACUGUCACUUUCUGAAAUAAAUAUAGAAACCUGUUUUGAGCGUGUAGCUCCAGGUGUACUUUGAUUUUGGUUAUUGUUCAUUAUUAUAUAGGUUUCUCAGUGUGAACUGAAUACUUUUUAUGUAUAUAAACUUUUUUCUCGUAAAAGACGGAUUAUUUGCUUUUUUUUAAUACCGUUACUUAUUUACUUGCUAUUUAACUUUAUUUUUAUUUUUUUAUUUUAAUUUUAUUUUAUAUGCUUCGUUUUCAAGCCGCAAUAUUAAUUUUAAGUAAUUUUUAUUUAGGGUAGGCACACCCUAAUAAUUUGCUUGUAUGUACUUGUUUUUGUGCAAUUGAGAGCUCGUCGAAGAGAUCAAUAUGCUUUGUACAUAAGUAUGCACGAAUUGUUUGUGCUUUGUUCGUAAGCAAUUGAGAGCUCGUUAGAGAGAUCAAUUCGCUUGUUGUGAACAAUCCUGCUUGUUUUUGUUUGUCAAAGAACAAGAGGUAUUGCCGGAUAAUUGCCAAUGUGGACUUUUAAUAUUUGUGUAUGUUUAAAUAUACAUAUAUGUAUGUAUGUAUGUACGUAUGUUUGAACGUAUAUUGUUCAAGUUAAUAAUUUUUUGUAUACCCGCGCUUUUUUUUGUAUCGUUGUGUCCACCAACUUAUGUAUUUUUAGUGAAAAUUAUUUUUUUGUAUUCCUUCCAAUAAACUUAAUUUGUGAUAUUUGUAAUUUGUAACCAUUCCGUUUAAAUGUUUACGGAAAGUUGCGAUUACCUGUUUUUUUUUUUGAAGUUUAAUUAUAAUUUAUGGGUUUAAUAAUUUGGUACCCAGUGUAGGGUAUAUUAAGAAAUGCAGAUUCUAUGCCGUAAGCACAAGGUACGUUUUUGUAUUUUUCAAUAGAAGGAGUGCGCGAAACGGAAUUGAAAAAAGUUAUUUUCUUUUGUACUCUUAUAUAGUAUGUAUGUAUUUUAGUACGCAAGUAUAUAUACACUGCAGUCCUGCUUAUUACUUUAUUAAGCAUAAAGCGUACUGCCGGAACAAGUAAAUACUUGAAUUUUUCUUUAUUUUUGGAAAUCUGGUAUGUUUAAGUAAGCAAAAGUAAGCUUCAAUAUUUUUAAAUUGCAUAUUCCGAUAUAUACAUAUAUUCUUUUAAACAAUAUUUCGGCUUUUACCGUGUUUAGUAAAAUUGUUAUAAGCCUUAAGCAUAUAUCAAAUAAAUAAAGGAUAUAAUACGCUCACUUGGUACUCUGAUAUAAGUACAUAUUUGUAGGGUGUAUGUGUUGCCUGCCUUCUUCUCCGUUUUGUUCUCCGUGCUGUAUUCCAGCUGGCUACCUCCCCGUGCUGUUGUUUGUUUGUAUAUUUGUUUUAAUUAUUCGCGCCCGUUUGAUCCGUUUUUAUGCUUUGUUGUUUAGGUGCUUUUCGCGCCCGAUUUAUGUUUUAUUUGGUUUAUGUUUUGAUGUUCUUUGUAAUUUGUUUUUGUGUUUGUCCGGUCACCUUUUUUGUAAUUUUAAUAUUACAUAUAAAUAUAUUUUAAUUUGUUUUGUUUACCGCACUGUUUUAAUGCACUUUUUUAAGCUGGUUUUUUGUUUUCUCAGCACCACACUUUUUGUUAUGUGCGCAAAUAUGUAUGUAUGUAUGAUUAGGUAUAAUUUUAUAUAUAAUAUGUGUAUACAUAUGUGUUUUAUUUUAAGUGUCAGUGCACUGCUAAAUUUAUGUUUCGUGUACAUAUAAUAUGUGGACGUUGUUUAUUGUUUUUUAGCUGGGUCACUUUUUUUGUUUUUCCACUGCACACUGUUUUGUUUUUUUUUUGUUUAUUUGUUUUGAUUGUUCACCACUGCUCUUCACCGCACUGCACUUAAAUUUGUCUUAAUUUAUUUGCUUUAAAAAUCCAUAGUGCCUGUCACUAUGGCUCGAAGGACCAUGAUUAAUUUUGUACCAAAUAGAUACAUAUGUGUCUCUAUUUGUUCUGUAGUAAUAAUUAAAUUAUGAAAUUGGUAAUCACGCACAUUCGGAAUAAAAAGACCGCAGCACUAAAAUGUAUAGUGUACAAAAAUUUAUUAAAGAAGUAUUUGACGUUUUACAAAUAUUUCUUUUCUUAAAAUUAAAUGUUAAAUGUAAAGAUGAGUAUAGAUCGCUGCUGUCGAUGUUCAAAACUGUAUCGGGACGGGACGCGAAAACGGAUGUUGAUGUGCGCUGUGUGUCGAACGAAUGUGAUGAGCGGCUUAUCUAGUUAGAAUCGUGCGCUUUCCCUUCUGCCCAUCCUUUCUGUUGAGUGGUUUGAUUGAUGUGGUGAGUUGGAUUAUAAUGUCGUUAGCUGUGGUGAACUAAGCUUUCUUAUUAGUGUGCGCCCGUUUUUCCGGGAAGAGUGGGCGGAUGCUUAACCCAUUUAAACACACUGAUUAUUUCACUUUGCAUAAAAAAAAACACACACACACACUGUUAUUCGAAAAAAAUUAUAAAUUUCUUGGACGCACAAACAUCGCCUGGAGCGUCAACAAUCUCUUUCGGUUUUUUGUUUUUUCUUGUGGUUAAUUUGAGUCUAGUCGCUCAACUCUGCCUUUCCAUAUACUCGUAUUGCUCGAAUAGCAAUAAAGGCAAGCAGCAAUAACGCAGCUGCAGUUUCGCGAGUGCAACCAAAAAAAAAAAUACAAAAUUAUAAAAGUGAAGUGAGCAACGGCAAGAAAGCGAAACAGCUAAGGCCAAGCAGCGAAGGGAGAGCAGCAAAGGCAAAGUAGCACAUGCCAAGAAGCGCAGCAGUCAUCUUAGAGGAACAGCAACAAACAGAAUAGUGUAGUGUUAAAUUCGAAAAUAACCCCGUGAACAAAGUGAAAGUGAUUAGUUGAUAAAUCAAAUAAGUGCUUGUGAAUUUUUAUUUGUAUUUGUAUUUGCAUUUAAAUAAAACAAUUAAGCACACAUCAGUUUUGUUUGUGUACAUAGUCGAAGACCAGGUUUGCAAGUGCAUUGGGCCGAUUACCCAGCAAGCACAUUCAAAUUAAAUUUGGGAAAAAUAUUUUGAGAAAAUACUUCACUAAAUAUGCAAGUGCAAGUACAAGUACAUUGGGCCGAUUACCCAGCCAGCACAUUCUAAUUAAAUUCGGAAAAAAUUCUUUGAGAAAAUAGUUUACUAAAUUUAUUAAUUUUUUUGUGCCUUCGAAAAUUUACGCUUCACUAAAAAACAAUGCACUACUAAUUUGUAGUUUGUCCGUGAUUGGUUCUAUAACUUUUGCAACAUAUUUGCAAAUAUUUUUUAAAUUUUAAUUUCAAGCUUUAUAUCCAAUUUCGUGCAACAUUUCUGCUGUUCCGGUUCAAUUUUCGAAAACAAUGAAAUCCAUCAGAGCCUUUACCACAGCUGCAGACGCUCUACUGGAGUUUGACGAGUCUUUUACUCCAACAGCAAACAACUAAAGUGCCUACUCUCUUGAAGUAAAACAAGCUAAACUGAAAUCUCUGUGGGCAGAGGUAAAGUCAGAAUACAAGUUGUGUUUGCCAAAGAUGGAUCCUUCCGACACAAAGUCAAUUGACGACUUUAAGCUUAAAUAUUAAAGGUUACCAUGCUUAUGUGUGUUGCACGGCCUUGAUGGGCGAACACAUGCAUAAGCUCACGGCUUUCAACCAAAGCCAUACAUCGAAUUCUACAGUGAUUCAACCUGAACGGUUUCAAAAAACGGUAGAACCCGUGAGGUAUUCCAUCAACUUACCACCAUAUGAUACCGAAAUAUUUCAUAGCGAUGUUUUACAAUGGCCCUCAUUUAGGGAUUUAUUUGCCGCCAUUUAUGAGAAUAACUCAAGGCUAUCCCCGGUAGAAAAGUUUUUCCAUUUGAAUCAAAAACGCGAGGUGAAGCAAAAGCUAUCGUUUCGAAAGCGCCACUGACGAAUGACGGAUUUACAUUGGCAUGGAAUAAUUUGUUGAGUAGAUAUGAAAACAAGCGAGUGCUUGCCAGCACACAAUUAAAUUUAUUAUUCAAGCUUCCGCACAUUUCUACAGAAUCUGAGACCGAACUCAGAAAUUUACAGCGGGAGAUAAAUAGCUGCGUUUCAGCUUUACAAAUACAUGGCAUCAAUAUAGAUGGCUGGGAUGCCAUAUUUACGUAUUUGUGUUCUAUCCGACUACCGGAUGUCGCUUUGGGAACAAUGUCUGGAUUCGGAUUCAGAGAUCCCAAAAUGGGUUGAGUUAGACAAGUUUCUAACCAACCAGGUUAAAACGCUUGAGAGAGUAUCAAACCUCAAAGGCGAGUUGAGUACUCGACUUAAUAUUAAGUCGGCUGAUGGAUACCAACCUUGCAGUCAAGGAUUGGAUCCAAACCCAUCAAUUCCCAUCACGCCAAGACAAACAACAUUAAAUGUAAACUGUUCUCAUUUCAAUCACACAUUCUGAAAACUUGUCAAAGUGUUAUUGAGAUGCAGCCUAAUGCACGGUUAAAUGCUGUCAGAAAACUCCACGUCUGCCUAAACUGUUUAUCGGACUUACAUGAAAUCAAAAAUUGUAAAAGUAUGUUUAAUUGUAAUAAAUGUAAACAGAGACAUCAUUCUAUGAUUCACCGGGAUCAGAGUGAGGAAAUAGCUCAGAUGUCCGACAGCACAGACACUACUGAGAUUUCUACUAAACCUCAUAUGGCCUCUAUUAAGGCCAAUGUAUCAAAUAUGCCUACCAGUCGAAGCAUGCUCUUAGGUACAGCCAUGGUGACCAUAUGUCACAACGAGAGCAUCUUCACUGCCAGAUCGAUUCGGGAUCUGAAGGAACAUUCGUAAGCAAUAGUCUACAAAAACGCUUAAAUCUGACAAGCAAACAGGUCAGCACCCGAGUUUCAGGAUUGAAUAAUACCGUGUGAGGACGGGUUCAAUCCGCAUGCUCGAUCACAAUUGCCUCGCCUCGUAACAAAAGUUUAAAAGUAGGAGCGGAAGCUUUGGUACUUCCAAAAUUGACUGAACUGCUUCCAUCCAGAUCAAUUAACCCUUCAAUUGUCAAAGGGUUACCCAAUAUCCCCUUACCGGAUAAUAAUUUCUAUACGAGUCAAAAGGUUGACUUGUUGAUCUGAGUAGAUCUUUACCCGAAAGUUAUACUAAACGGGGUAAAAUCGAAAAUUUUCGGAUCUCUCGCUGCACAACGUACAGUGUUCGGUUGGAUUUUAACAGGCUCCGUUCCCUCCGAAGAAACGAAGAUAAAUGGCAAAGGCGACGGACAAAAUUCGACAAUAAUUCAACAACAAACACAAAAUCAUUUUUGUAGAAAAAAUAUUUCUAAUUUUAUAUUUAAACAACAACAUCAUCAGCAGCAACAACACAAUAGCAAUCAGCGUAAACCAUUUGCAUUGCAUCCAAGGACCACGGAAGAGUUACAAAAUCGCACUAAAUUAAUAAUGCAAAAUGCAUUGGCAGAACCAGACCAGAAGAUUGCGCUAUCUUUAGUAAACCAAUGGCAAAAAUUAAUGGCCCUAAGUCAGCACCAUUAUCAGAGAUGGAAGACCAAAUAUUUAAAGGAACUCCAGAAACUAAAGAAAUGGAAACAUUCCCAACAGAAAGUCCAACUACACGACCUAGUGGUAGUUCGUGAUGAAAAUGUACCUCCAAAUGAAUGGAGAUUGGGCAGGAUAAUCAAAGUACAUCCAGGGUUGGACCUACGAGUUCGGGUGGUGGACAUCCAAACUCAAUGUGGCUUAAUUUCUAGGCCGAUAACAGAAAUUAUAAUUUUACCUAAUCAAUGUUAAUUUUUUCACCUUAAUAAUCUUGCUUUUCGUUUAGAAAAUUAUUGAAAAUGACAACAAUCAACUGCCCCCUAUGCGUAUAUAGCCAUUUACUCCGCUGGUGCCGGCGGAUGUCCUCAGAAGUUAGGAUGAGGACCACAUUGAUCCACCGAUAUUGCAGCAACUGCCUCGCGUCGAGCCAUUCACAGAAUGAAUGCGACAGCGUAAUACGCUGCAAAUGUUGCGGCAACCCAUAUCACACGAUGCUUCAUGGCAGUUCAGACGCCGAAGAACAAGACGACGAUGUCAUUGAAUUGUCAUGGGCACAGCAGGUGGAGGCAGCGGAAAUGGAGGAAAAUUCGUUGGCAAUUCGCACCUCAGAUUCGGAGCUCUAUCAACCAUGUCAACCGACGUCAACAGUCAAGCAUCCGCAAAGCUCUAACCAACGAUGCCUAAGACGAGCCAGACUCGAGACGUCUCGUCGACUUCGGCGUGCUGGUAACUUCCUUUCGGAUUGGCGGCAAGGCAACGAUCGACUGAGACUCGAUUCGUCUCAGCGACAUUGUCCGGACCGAGCGGAGCUCCAUUUGUUCCGCCGGCCACCCCGUCCGAAGCGAAGGCGUGGACGAGACGCUCGUCGACAAGCCGAUGCACGCCGUAUCAUCAAGGACAGGCACGCAACACAACCUUGGCAACAAAGACUUGCGCUAUCACCAACCGCCUUGAUAAGUGUUCGAACUGCAACGAGGUUCGUAACAGUGUGGACCAUGAUUAGCCCAGUUAGUUCAGCCACUGUUAUCCUCACCUCCACGAUUGCACGAUUGCGACUGCGUACGCAUGCAAGUGGAGACAGCAGAGUGUGCGAACUAAUGUUUCGGGACAACCAGGGUGGAGAAACAGAAAUCUCCGUGAGUGCCCAAGUGCAACGUCGUCCGUUGCCUCUGACGCCAGCAAGGUCUCUGGAAGACCGUUUAUUUCAACAAUUCCGCAACCUAAGACUGGCAGAUAACGAAUUCCACAGGGCAGCGCCAGUCGAAGUAACCUUGGGAGCGGACGUUUACUCCCGGCUCAUGUUGCCCGGGCUACAACCAGCGGCAAUGGGUCAACUCAUCGCCCAAAAUACGACACUGGGAUAUAUAAUAUCCGGUGUCGUAUAGUAUCGGCACAAUAAAGUGCACUGGCUGCCAACGCCUCUCACAUUUACCGCCUACCCAGGAUCGAGUAAGAGUCGAGUCGUCUCGCCGACCUCGGAAGUUGGUGACUUCAAUGCAAAUUGGCGGCAUGGCAAUGACCGACUAAGACUCGAUUCAUCUCAGCGGCAUUUCCCGGACCGUACCAGACUCGAUUCGUCUCGUCGACCACCCCAUCUGCAAAGAAGACGUGAAAGAGGAAGUACAGGAGCCAGUUAGUUUUAAGUAAUUUAUUGUAAACUGCAUUUGCAGUAAUACUGCAAGGCGGGGAGAAUUUUGACACCGCCCCCGCCCAAUUUCUUUUGCCACGUCUGUAUCGGUAGAGCAAUCUUUUCUUUUCCUCUUUCUCGAAGUUUUAAUUCGCGCGCAACUAAACACUAACUAAAAAAGUUACGCGGUCUCUUCUUUUGCGACAGCCUAGCUAUACAGACGUGGUAAGUGUGUUUCCAAUUUUUUUUUAUUUAAAUACAUAUAUUAUAUGAAAUUUUUUGGUUUUUUAUUUAACAUUUUGUGGAAUCAUUUGCGCCGAUCGUUUCCCCUCGGCCAACCACAUCUACGGAACGAGCGAGCACCGAAUUAUCAUGUAUACCGUCGCAUGGAAAUGCGACUGCAUCAUACAUAUGUCACAUACAUCUCUCGACUUGAAUUUACUUCCAUAUAUAAUUUAGGGGCCUUCCAUAAAUUACGUCACACCUUGAAAGGGGGGAGGGUAUCAUUCAGAAGUGACAUUGUGUGACAGGGGACAGGGGGGGGUCCCAAGCUGUGUGACAUCAAAUUUCAAAAUUUGUGAUGUACAAACGUGAAAUUUAUAGGUAAACAAAAAAUAUUAAACAUUUAUAAACACAAUCUUUGUUUUUUAAUACUUAAGUUGUAACGAACCUUUUUACUGCCCCUGCUUCUUACAAGUUUAACUUGCUGAGGUAUACUCGCCGUGUCCAGGGUUCGUUACAAUAAAUUUGUAAACAUUGAGGCUCUUCUGCGAAUCGUACUUUAUUUUAUUUUAUAUUAUAAUUUUAAUCAAAGUUACAAUUUCUCCUGCGUUAUAGCUUCAGCUUUACAACAUUUUAAAGAUUUUCAUUUAGAUGCAAUUUAUAUAGCUACAAAUGCCCCAGGAAGGAGUGCAUUUAACAGAGUUGAACGACGCAUGGCACCUCUCAGUCGCGAACUUACUGGUGUACUAUUAAAUCAUGACGAUUUUGCGUCACAUCUUGAUUCAUGUAAUCGAACUACUGACUUAGAUCUAGAAAAACGAAACUUCGAAAGUGCGGGCAAUGUGUUGGCUGACAUUUAGAUCAAGUUAGUCAUUGAUCAUUUUGCAGUCGUUUCUGAAUGUGUUGCACCAACUGUUACUGGACUAGAUAUUGAACAGGCUAUGAUGUUGAAAAAUAAUGCUGCUUGGUAUGCUAAUCAUGUAAGCGAGUCACAAUAUUUUUACAAAUAGUUAAAUGUGAAGCUAUUGCAUGUUGUGGUGUAAGACGUUCUAGUCUUUGGAAAUUAUUAAAUGAAGGAUUUUUACCACUACCUGUGUUAAUUAAACAGACAUCAGAAGGUUGGAGUUUGCUCCAUUAUUACUACAGAUAUUAACUCUCCAAGCAUCAUCCCAUCUGAAACAAGUUCCAUGUGAUAGUUAUUGCCCUAGUGCCGAGUCGUACUUAUUUAAAAGAUCGUUUAGCUUAUGUGGCUUAUAUUUUUCUUCAUAUAAAGCCACCAAUUAACACAAACAAUCACAUAAAAAACCAGAGCUGUUUUCUAUCGCGAAAAUUCGUCCUCAAAGAAUUGCGGCUAGACGUGCCCGAGACAUUCUCUGUUUAAUGAAUGAUGACGAUGCUUUAUGGAUGGAAGAAGACGAUGUUGAUACCAAAGAUGUUCCUGAUAUCCAAAUUCAGAACGAAAAUUAAGUGCCUGAUUUACCAGUAAUAAAUGAUAUAUGGAGUGGUCAAAAGUCCAUGGACACAAGAUGAUUAAGAUUUAUAUUUUUAAUUAAUAUGUCUGUACUUUAAUAUUUAACUAAAUGUUGAUUUUAUUAAAGAAAAUUCAAUAAAUAUAAGAAUAAAUAGAAUAACCGUUUUUUUUUUAUUUUUUGAUAAAUCCAUAAAAUUGGAAAAUGUGUUACGUCAUGAAAGGGGGGAGGCUAGUUCAAAAUGUGACAACUUGUGACAAGGACGGGGGAGGGGUUAAAAAAUCCUUAAAUUCGUGUGACGUAAUUUGUGGAUGGCCCCUUACUAAUCACCGGUGUGUUACUAUUAUAUUUCAUAAAUUGAAUCCGAAUCCGGAAUGAGUAAUUUUUUCGCCUAAUAUUUUGUGGUUUAAUUUAAAUCUCCAAGUCUUCACCGUGACUUUUGUGAAGUAGUAUUGUUUUUUAUAGCCCUUAUAGGGGGGAAACUUUAGUAUACCAUCCCACGAUUUCAGGGUUAACCUUUAACUUAUGACGUGGUAGUAAAUUUUACACCUUGUGUUUUGAUUUUCUCAUAAUCAUAAAAAAGGCUUCUAAAACAACGACACAUUUUUCAAAAAAAUACAAAGAGUUUAAAAUUUUCUUUCCAAAUACUGUAAUUAGAAUUAAUUUAAAUCAGUUUAAUGAAAUCUGUAAGUAUUAUAAUAAAAAAAAUCUCUAAUAAAUUUUAGCAACCAAAAUUGUGUAAAAUUUACUACUACCUCUAAAUCUACGUUUCGAAAUUUGACCUCAUAAGUUAAAGGUUAAAAGAGAUAUGGUUGAAUAGGGCUGAUGCUCCAGAUUAAGCAAAUAUUUAAUUGUUGCCGCAAACUUAUAGUUUUCGAGAUAUUUGCAUUUGAAGUUGAAAAUUUUGCAAAUUUUAUUUUGCAAUUUCUCGAUUUCUAGUAAUUAUUUAUUUCAUAUUAUGCACUUUUUAUGCACUUAUACUUCAUUACAUUGUUUCUACAUAUUUAUCUUUUAGUAAUUAUUUGGUUAUUUGCUUAAAAUAAGCAUUUUAUAUUUUACACAAUUUUCAUUCCAUGCACAAUAACAAAAGUAUUCCGUGUUUACAGAUAUUAAGUGUUGCCAUAAUUACACAUUUAUCAAACGAAUAAGAAUGGAUAUCAAAACUCAAACGCAGAAAACAAAUACGAUCUGAAAUAAAUUUUCCAUUGUAAUAAAAAAAAGUUUUAAGCUUAUAAGUAUGUUUAAUCUAAUAAUUGGCACGAUUACGAUUUUUCCGGCGGCGCGAGUUGAUGGUACUAAUGGAUAGAGGAGGUCCUCAGGAUUAAAAAAUGUAUACGCAUAUACCGUCCUCAGACUCAUAGUUUCCGAGAUAUUUCACUUUAAAGUUCCACAAUUUUACAUGCAAUUUAGUCCUAUUUUGUUUUGUUUUGUUUUUCUUCACAUGUCAUUACAAGUACCAGUGUUGCCACAUAUUGUGUUUUAAAGAAACUAUGAAAACUUUUUCUAUUUAAAAAAACAAUUGAAAAUUUGAAAAAAUUUCCAUUCUAUAAUGCGUUUUUUCUAUUUAAUAUGUAAUAUACACAUUUUUGAUUAUAGUUUCAGGACACAAAGUAUGGCAACACUGCUAUUUGUCAUAAAUGUAAACACGCAAAUCACUUGAAACUUUCAAUGUGCAAAAUAAUUUUUAAAGUAUAUUUAUUUUCUUAAAAAAUAUACAAUUAGUGUAAAUUUUUGAUGAAUACGAAUGUGUACAGUGUAAUUAAAUAUAUAUUAAUUAAAAAAUAUGUGAAAAGUGGGUUAAACAUAGUGAAAUAACGAGCAUUGUUUUUACAAAUUUUUGAACUUUAAAGUGAAAUAUCUCGAAAACUAUGGGUCUGAGGACCGUAUAUGUGUAUACAUUUUUUAAUGCUGAGGACCUCCUGUAUCCAUCCGUACCAUGAAAUCGCGGCGCCGGAAAAAUCGUAAUAAUUUUAUAAAAGGAUCAUAAUGAUUAUUUGCAAUACAACAAAGGUAAAACAGGGUAAACAUUAGUCCAUUCGCGUCCCACUUCUUUCGGGAAGGGCGGCCUUCUGUUGCGCUUCGGAAAAAAGAACCUUGGCCGAUCCAACACCGGAGUGUGUCGGAUUUUUUUUGAGUAAAACUCCUUUUUGCGUUGGCGGCCUGCCCGAUCAAAAAUUAUGAUGUAUGAAGAAAGGGGCAAUGAUUUAUGUAUUUGGGGAAUAAUCUUAUUUUGUAUUCAUUUUUAUUCGUUUGAUAAAUGUGUAAUUAUGGCAACACUUAUUAUCUGUCAGCACGGAAUACUUUUGUUAUUGUGCAUGGAAGGAAAUUUGUGUAAAAUAUAAAAUGCUUAUUUUAAGCAAAUAAAAAAUUAUUACUAAAAAAUAAAUAUGUAGAAACAAUGUAAUGAAGUAUAAGUUUAUUUUAAAAAAAUCCGUGCACGCAUUUAAGAGGAAUAAGCAGUGAAAAUGAGAUACUAAACUAAACCCAACCCUUAUUAUUUUCCAACAAUAUAUUGUUUAUUUUCGGAAUUGACGAAUAUACUAUAUAUUAUAGUUUUUUUGGAUUCUUACUAGAUCACUUAUAUUUAUGUAAAGAGCAACUUGCAUUCUUGUUCUCUCCAAUAACUAGCAGGUAGGAAACAAAGUUAUGACCAUAGAUAACGUUAUGACUAUCGCAACCAUGAAAAUAUUUUAGCUAUUACAGAGAACAAGAAUGCAAGUUGCUCUCAUAACAAGCAAAAAAGUAACGGAGGCGAAAUGGGGCAUCUCGACAGGCAAUUUAAUAUUGCAAAAGAUGUGUUUUGCUAUCAAUAUUGCAAGCAUUUCCGCUAGACUGGUAGCUGUUAGCAAACGUGUAAGCGACUUUUUAUUGUUCACUUUUGCAUUCCUUAACAUAUUUGUUACUUAGAGUGGGAAAAAAGUAACACAUGCUAUUUGAUGUUGGAGGAUGGAGUCAUGUGUAGAAGUUCACGCAAGUGAGGAAAGUUCUCUGAUUGCCAUUCACUUGGGAGUGGCCAGAAACGAUUCUUUUACAUGUGACUCAAGCAGCUCACGACUUCCGGUCUUUGACCAAGUAUCCUCUGGGUAGCCUAAGAACAUCCGUUUGAAGGCGAGCUAACGUGAGAAGGCGAAACAUCCCCUGCAUAGGGUUGUGCGCUGGGUUUGGGACCCGCCACGUAAAAAAACACUCCCAAUGAAAAUCAACUAUAAGCCUCGGAUGAAAAACCCUCCUUUCGAUGACGACCAUGGCAAACGAAAUAAGGACUACGAUUUGAGGGCAUGCACCUGGAAUGUCCGGUCCCUUAAUUGGGAAGGUGCCGCUGCCCAGCUGGUUGAUGUCCUCGUGAAAAUAAAGGCUGACAUCACCGCCGUCCAAGAAAUGCGAUGGACGGGACAAGGACAGAGACGAGUAGGUCCUUGUGACAUCUACUACAGUGGCCAUAUAAAGGAGCGCAAGUUUGGUGUUGGAUUCGUGGUUGGAGAGAGACUCCGUCGCCGAGUACUAUCAUUCACUACGGAGAAUGAACGUCUAGCCACAAUCCGCAUCAAAGCGAGGUUCUUCAACAUAUCGCUCAUUUGCGCCCACGCCCCGACGGAAGAGAAGGACGAUGUGACCAAAGAUGCCUUUUAUGAGUGCAUGGAGCGCACUUAUGAGAGAUGCCCCCGCCACGAUGUCAAAAUCGUGCUUGGCGAAUUCAACGCCAGGGUGGGCAAAGAAGGUAUCUUUGGUACUACGGUCGGUAAAUUCAGCCUCCACGAGGAAACAUUCCCAAAUGGGUUGAGGCUGAUCGACUUCGCCGGGGCCCGAAAUAUGGUUAUCUGUAGUACUAGAUUCCAGCAUAAGAAGAUGCGUCAAGCUACCUGGUUGUCUCCGGAUCGAAAAACUACCAACCAGAUCGAUCAUGUUGUGAUAGACGGAAGACACGUCUCCAGUGUUUUAGAUGUGCGUGCGCUCCGAGGUCCUAACAUCGACUCGGACCACUAUCUUGUUGCAGCUAAGAUUCGCACCCGCCUCUGUGCAGCAAAAAACGCACGCCAACAAACACAAGGAAGGUUCGACGUCGAGAAGCUGCAAUCACAACAGACAGCCGAGCGAUUUUCUACUCGGCUUGCACUCCUGCUCUCUGAGAGCACUCGUCAACAACUCGGUAUAAGGGAACUGUGGGGCGGCAUUUCAAACUCCUUACGUACAGCUGCAACCGAAACCAUUGGUUUUCGGAAAGUGCAAAAGAACAGCUGGUACGACGAGGAGUGCCGUGUCGCAGCGGAGAGAAAACAGGCUGCCUACCUCGCAACGUUACGAUCGACCACAACACGUGCGGGAUGGGAUAGAUACCGAGAGUUGAAGAGGGAAGCGAGACGCAUUUGCAGACAGAAGAAGAAAGAGGCCGAAAUGCGUGAGUACGAACAGCUCGAUAAGCUGGCCGACAGGGGUAAUGAUCGAAAAUUCUACGAAAAGGUGCGGCGGCUUACAGAAGGUUUCAAAACCGGAGCAUACUCCUGUAGAACCCCCCAAGGUGAUCUAGUUACCGAUACCCAGAGCAUACUUAAAUUAUGGAGGGAACACUUCUCCAACCUGCUGUAUGGCAGUGAUAGCACAACACCGGGAGAAGGCGAACCCGAUACCCCAAUCGAUGACGAUGGAGCAGGCGUUCCAUUGCCCGACCAUGAAGAAGUUCGAAUAGCAAUUGCCCGACUGAAAAACAACAAAGCGGCAGGGGUCGAUGGAUUGCCGGCCGAGCUAUUCAAAUACGGCGGCGAAGAGCUGAUAAGGUGCAUGCAUCAGCUUCUUUGCAAAAUAUGGUCGGACGAAAGUAUGUCCAACGAUUGGAAUUUAAGUGUGCUAUGCCCAAUCCAUAAAAAAGGAGACCCCACAAUCUGCGCCAACUACCGUGGGAUUAGCCUCCUCAACAUCGCAUAUAAGGUUCUGUCGAGCGUAUUGUGUGAAAGAUUAAAGCCCACCGUCAACAAACUGAUUGGACCUUAUCAGUGUGGCUUCAGACCUGGUAAAUCAACAACCGACCAGAUAUUCACCAUGCGCCAAAUCUUGGAAAAGACCCGUGAAAGGAGAAUCGACACUCACCACCUAUUCGUCCAUUUCAAAGCUGCUUUCGACAGCACGAAAAGGAGCUGCCUUUAUGCCGCGAUGUCUGAAUUUGGUAUCCCCGCAAAAUUAAUACCGCUGUGUAAACUGACGUUGAGCAACACGAAAAGCUCCGUCAGGAUCGGGAAGGACUCCCCGAACCGUUCAAUACCAAACGAGGUUUCAGACAAGGCGACUCCCUAUCGUGCGACUUCUUCAAUCUGCUGCUGGAGAAAAUUAUUCGAGCUGCAGAACUUAAUCGAGCAGGUACAAUCCUUUAUAAGAGUGUACAGCUGCUGGCGUAUGCCGAUGAUAUUGAUAUCAUCGGUCUCAACACCCGCGCCGUUAGUUCUGCUUUCUCCAGACUGAACAAGGAAGCAACGCAAAUGGGUCUGGCAGUGAACGAGGGCAAGACGAAAUAUCUCCUGUCAUCAAACAAACAGUCGUCGCACUCGCGACUUGGCACUCACGUCACUGUUGACAGUCAUAACUUUGAAGUUGUAGAUAAUUUCGUCUAUUUAGGAACCAGUAUUAACACCACCAACAGUGUCAGCCUGGAAAUCCAACGCAGGAUUACUCUUGCCAACAGGUGCUACUUCGGACUGAGUAGGCAAUUGAAAAGUAAAGUCCUCUCUCGACGAACAAAAGCCAAACUCUAUAAGUCGCUCAUAAUUCCCGUCCUGCUAUAUGGUGCAGAGGCUUGGACGAUGACAACAACCGAUGAGUCGACGUUGCGAGUUUUCGAGAGAAAAGUUCUGCGAAAGAUUUAUGGUUCUUUGCGCGUUGGCCACGGCGAAUAUCGCAUUCGAUGGAACGAAGUGCUGUACGAGAUAUACGACGACAUUGACAUAGUUCAGCGAAUUAAGAGACAGCGCCUACGCUGGCUAGGUCAUGUUGUCCGGAUGGAUGAAAACACUCCAGCUCUGAAAGUAUUCGACGCAGUACCCGCCGCGGGAAGCAGAGGAAGAGGAAGACCUCCACUCCGUUGGAAGGACCAAGUGGAAAAGGACCUGGCUUCGCUUGGAAUAUCCAAUUGGCGCCACGUAGCGAAGAGAAGAAACGACUGGCGCGCUAUUGUUGACUCGGCUAUCAUCGCGUAAGCGAUGUCUACGCCGGUAAAGAAGAAAGAAGAAGCUAUUUGAUGUUCAACGGUUAUCUCGCUCUAACAAAUGGCAAAUAUCGCAUGCUGCCUUGUUCUAACAGAAUACAUACAUUUCUUAGCAAAUCUCCUAAUAGUAUGUUACGGGUAACAAAUUCCUUUGCUAGCGCAUAGCUUACCUAUGUGUUAUGGAUAACAAAAGGUAUUUGUUACCCGAAUGUCUGUUGGUGUUAUUAUUUUGGUUAUCAGUUUAUUACCUUUAACAUAUAAACAUGUUAGCAGGAACAAGCAGUAACAAACAUACUGUUACCCAUUUGUUACUUCUACAAAAUUCAAUUCUUUUAAAUAAAAUUCAUUUUUUUUUAUAAUUUCUUUUUAUUUAAUAAUAAAAUCAAAAUAAUUACAUAUUUACUUAAACUAAUAAUUUGCUUAUUAUUAUUACGUUCGGCAGAAAAAUAAUACAAUAUUAAGUUUAUUUCAGUAUAAAAAUUAUAAUUCUAAAAAUUCUGUAAAAUUUUGUAAAAUUAGAAACUUCAACUUAAAACUAAUAUGUACAAUUGAGAACUAAUAUAUACAACUUAAGCCUAAAAUGUGCAACUUAAAACUAAUAUUUAUAACUUAAAACUAAUAUAUAUAAGUAAUAAUAAGAAAAUUUAUAUUAAUUUAGCCUUAAUUUUAUGUUUUACUGUUUAAAACGAUUGUGGCUUAAGGCCACAAAUCUCCGGAACUCCCCAAAUAUAGUAAGGGUAUUCAGACUAGCCUUGUUAAUUCGUUAGUCGUUAUUUGGUAGUUUUUUACAUGUAUUUUGUUGUUGUAAAAUUAAGAAACUAUCGUUCUACCGAGUAACGAACUAUCCAUCUGUCAAGCUUGAUAAUUGUCUCGUUACUCGGUAGUAUCACAUCAGCUGUUCUCCUGCUCCACUGUACAUCAAUUUAGAGUACUUACUCUUAAUAAAUUUUAUCUGCUCCACAGAAUUUUCAAUUAAAUUACUGACACUUUUUGAUUUUGCACUUUGUUGAGACAUUUUUACUCUCUAAUAAAAUUGAAUCAGUUGCUCUGGAAUAAAAUGAAUGUACCAUACUACAAAGGCAGAACAAAAAGUAUGUUCACAGUUAAGCCUUUUAACGAAGUAUCAACUAACGAAUUAUCAAAUUAACAGGCUUCGGUCUGAAUACCCCUAGUGUUUUUAUCUUUGUCAAGAAAUAUAUUUAAAAUGAAACGUUAUAAGUUAAGCCAUGCAAAUACAUACUAGUAAAAAAACCUACCAAAAACUAACCCUACGCAGUUAAGAUUUAGUAGGGAUUCCUUCUCUUUGCGCCACUCUAAAUUGUAGUGGUACAUUAGAUCGUCAGAAAACAUACCACUGCCUUUUGCGCCCUUUGACUUCAAUAUUAGCCGCAUCUGUAUAAAAAAAAUUACAGUAAAUUAUAUCACAUUCGCACAAUAUUUAAAAACGAAAUAUUUACCAUAGCAUCCAUGUUUUCCUUUUGUGAAAGAAAGAGCGCACGAAUUACGAAACAAUUUUAGAUGACCGGCUCUUUAGAGUGUCAGAAUAAAUGUGUCUCUUUAUUUCAAAGAUUUUCUUGCUUUUAUAGUUUUACAAAAAUACUUAUCUUCUAAUUUACAAAAAUUCUUAUUUGUGGGAAAAUUCCACAGUGCUGCUUAUUCUUUAUUACUAUCAUGUGGCUGCAUUUGCAUUUAAUAUUUAUUUAGGAUCAGUGUUUCUUCUCAUAUCUUAAUUUUACAUAUCUUCUGGUUUUCUUAAAUGAAUGUAUCUUCUUAUCUACCAGACUAUCUUCACACCAUCUGUAUUUGCUGUUGUUCUUGGGUUAACAUGGGAUGUAACUCCUCCCCCCUUAGAUACAAAACUCUCCUGAGGUUUGUUUACAAUUUCUAUUCGCAUUUAUUUUCUUAACAUAUACAAGAGAAGGCUUAUUAAAAGUAAAAUAAUAAUAAAAAUUACAAAUGAAAUUGAAUGAUUAAUUUUCUUAUAGUACUUAAGUUCUUCUAUUUUUUCUAUGUUCUUUAAAUGUUCCAGUCUCAUUUCUUCAAAUGAAAUUUUAUUUGUAAAAUUAGUUUCUUCAUUUACAGGAAAGUAAAAUCUUUGUUGGAAUAUUUUUACCUUAUUAGAGAAAAUUUGAUUGUUAAUUUCUAGUGUACAAAUUUGGUAGUGUAUUAAAUAAUUUCCUUCCAGUAUUACUUUCCUGUGAUCACAAUCUUGUACUAGCUUAGUAUUUUUCAAAUUUUUUAAUAUUAAUGUUUCAUCGUCAAUUUCAAUUAUUUCUGUUAUUUCGUUCUUAAUUAAUAGACAUGUUUUUGUAAAAAUACAAUGUUUUGAAGUUUUUAAUUCAUUAAGUGUUUAGUCUUUUUCAUAUGUAUAAGUUUUAUUAUUGUAAUUAAAAACUGUUUCUGAAACGAAAGUAAUUUCUCUCAUUGGUUCAUUUGAAAUGGGCUGAAUAAUUUUUAAUUGAACUGUGCUAAAAUUUCGUGGUACUUUUACUAUUAAAAGGAGCAGUUUUUCUGCAUACUGAAUUGCACACAUUUUUAAAUGUUGCAACUUAAAUAGGUCUAUUUCGUAUAUAUCAACUUCUUCACUUGUCAAAAUUCCUGGAUGUAAUAAUCCAUGUUUGGCGGCUGCAAUGCUAUCUUGAAUAUGAUCAAUUUUUUCUUUAAGGACAUGUAUUUUUAAGAUUUGCUCGUUAAACAUGUUGUUUAAUGCAGCAUCCUUUAGAAUUUUAUCAUUUCCUCUUUCAUAAUCUAGUAUUUUUUCCCUGUCUUGUUUAUUUAAUUGUUUUUUUUCAAAAUAUUUAUUUAUUUUAACUUGUUGGUUUAAGGUUGUAAUAGAAUUGUGCAUAUUUUGAUCAAUCACCUUUAAGUGAUCCUCAAUAUAUUUUCUAUCUAUGUCAUCUAUUGUUCCAAAUAAAUAUCUAUUCAUUGUCCCAACCAAAUUAAAUAAUCCUCUUUUAUGCCUAUUCCCACUAGAUUUAAGUAUUAAGGGUUUGACUUUUGUUUUAAGGAUUAAGAGUUCAUUCCUAAGUAAAUCGCGAUGUAAUGGCCUCAAGAGAUUUGUAUUAAAAGUCAUGUUGUUGAUUAAAUAUAAAAUUUCAUAAGUGUCUAUGGCGUGUAUUAUAAAUUCUGAUGAAACUACAAUUUCCGUUUUGGAUGUACUAAUUUCCACAUAUCCGCUGUUUUCAUGAAUCGGUUGGAUGGUUAAAAUGGACAUUGCUGUUGGAGCCAUUGUCAUUAGUAUCAAAAAUAUUAGUGUCCAGUUGAUUUGCAAAUUUAUUUUCUCUUUUAAUAUUGGUUAUAUGUACAUUAUCUAGUUUAAGCUUCCUAUAUCGUGGUGCGUUCUUAUGACGUACUGCCACAUAAUUCUUAACAAAUGCUUCUUCUUUAUUUAUUACAACAUUUUCUCUUUUUUCAUUAAGUUUUUUAAUAUUGUUUUCUUUUAUUUCUUUUAAUUUUUUGAUUAUUAUUUCUUUAUUUACUUUCCCAUUUUCUAUGUAAAUUGGUCUUUCCUUAGUUACCGAAUGAAUCGAUUUGUUAUAAAAUUCUAUACGUUCUAUAACGUUCUAUAUCCGAAUUCCCUGUAUGACUAUUUGGCUUGGUAAAAUGAACCUCUAUAUUUUCUAUGUUAAAAAAAUCCUUAACAUUAACGUUAUUAAAUUCAUUAUCAGCUAUAAUUUUUCUUGGCUUUCCUUUAAUAGAAACAUAUUGUCUAAGUUUUUCAACAAGAGUCAAACUAUUUCUGUUUUCUAAAAGCAAUGCCAUUGCAAAUUUUGCGAAUUUAUCUAUAGUUUUCAUGAAAGUUUGCUUUAGGAAUGUAAAAGUAUCAACAUGAACAAUAUCAUUAAUUUCAGUAGGAGUUUGUGUUAUGUGAAACUUAGGUUUCAACGGAUUUCUGUCAUACUUUACUUUAUUACAUAUAUCGAAAUUGUUUAUAAAUUUUUUCUUUCUUUAUUAGGAUUCGGUUUAAAUCCUUCUGUAGUUAAAAUGUGACCAAGAUAUUCAGUAGUCUUUGCAAAAAAAUUGCAUUUAUCGAUUUGAAUUUUUAAACAGUGUUCUCUUAAUUUUUUAAAAACUUUUUCUAUACUUUCCUUGUGUUCUUGAAGAGAGGAACUAAAUAUGAGAAUGUCAUCUAAAUAAACAACGCAUAUUUUAUUAAUGUAUUCUCUUAAGACAGAGUUCAUUAAUCUUUGGAAAGUGGCUGGGCCGUUCUUUAGACCAAAUGGCAUCCUUAUGAAUUCAUAAUGACCUAACGGUGUAGAAAAUGCAGUUUUUUUCCUAUCACAUUCUUUUAUAGGAAUUUGAUGAAAACCUUUGGCUAGAUCAAUUGUCGUAAAAUAUGUUGCUUGACGUAAUUUUCCAGAUAUGCUAUCUGUAUUUGGAAUUGGGAAUUUAUCAGAUAUAGUUAUUUCAUUUAGAGCCCCGUAAUCUAUUACUAUUCUCUAUUUCUUUUCACCAGAAUUAUCCAUUUUCUUUGGGACAAUCCAAAGUAGUGAAUUGUAUGGGGAGCAGCUUUCUUUAAUUAUUCCCUGGUCCAGCAUUUCUUUAAUUUGUUUGGUUAUCUCCUCCUCGUGUAUUUAAGGGUAUUUAUAAAUUUUUGAAUAUACAGGCUUUUCAGUUGUUGUAACGAUUUCAUGUUUUAUUUCAUGAGCAUGGGUUAGCUGUUCAUUUUCUCUAAACAUAAGGUCAUUAUUUUUCCGUAGUAUUUCCUUUCUACAGUAUUCACAUCGGGCCUUUCUAUAAUUGAAAAGUCUUUCUCAAUGGGUUCAAUUGAAUGAAUUUCUUCCUUAACAAACGGGCAUGGAUUUAAAAAUUGAAUUUUGAUGUCAUUAAUAUAAAUGUAAUUUUUUUCAAAAUUAAUUAUUGCAUUUAAUGGUAUCAAAAUAUUCUGCCCUAUUAAGCAGUCGAAUUUUCUAUUAAAAAAUGGUGUUAAAUGCCAAUGCACGAAGUUUUCACUAUUGAAUUCGGUAGGCAAGGGAGUUUUCACUUCUUCAGUAAUGAAAAAUUCACCACUCAUUGUUUUUAAUUUAAUGAGAUUUUUUAAUUUAUUUUUCCUAAAUCCUAAAUCUACUGUACUAUUUAAAACUGAAGUUGUUGAACCGGUGUCGAUUAAACACUUCAAUCUAUUUCUGCCUAGAGUUAGUUCUACUAUUAGUAGCUCCUCCCCCGGUCUGGUGACCGAAAUUUUUCGCCCUGAUUGUAAUCCAUAUGGUAAAAAAUGCCUCGUUGGCUUCCGGUGAAAAGGCUAUGGGUUUCUCACUAUCAA